AAAAUUUUGGUAACUUUUUCACAACAAUGCGUCUUUUGGUGAUAAUCAUCCUUGUUGCAUUUUUCCUCUGCACAACUGCCGAGUUAAUGGAGAAACGGAGUUCAAUGGGAGGAUCAGCGUUUGGAGGUAUCGACCGUAUCCCACUCUCCUAUUUGCGCAAAUAUUAUCGACAAAAAACAAUGAAAAGAGAUGAUAAUGAAUUGCUAGACUUCUCCCCACAAAACUCUCAAUUGGGAUACCGUUCGAUCUCCUUUUGGCCACUUUACUAACAACUGACAUCAACUGAUUAUUUAGUGAUAAAUGGAAAAAAAAAGAAAUGUUUUAUUUGUUUUUUGUCGCCACCGCCGUCGAUACUCAUCAUACAUAAGAGAGAAUUAAAUGAAUGAAGGAACUUAUUUUU